ACACUGGAGAUGCAUGAAGUUGGAGCGACUUGGGCGAUGAUGGUUGGCUGCAGCACUGUGUGGCUGAACUGCAUUUAGGUCAAAGGAAUGUGUGUGGGGACUAGCGGAGCGGUGGUACUUGAGCUUGGGAGUAAGAGGUUGUUUGUGCCGAAGCCUGUGUCUAGAGUUUGCAGUUUGAAGGAUGUUAUGAUAGUGGCCGUCUUUCUAUCAGCUGAUUCGAUUGCGCUGAUGGGUGUGUGUAAGAGAGAACAACGGACAGCAAAAACCAGCAUCUGAGUCUGUCCGGCGAUAAGGGUAGAUUUUGAGACAAACAAAGGCCCCAUUUGUUGAUAGUGCAGUCCUUGUGAUAUAGGCUUUUUGUUGCUGUGUUGGCAAUAAUAGAACCUGCACCAAGUGUGGUUCGAGCACUGAGCUUGAGCAGACCAGCACAACAAGUUCUUCAAUAGCCGACCCCGACAAGAACGCCUUUGACUGUUCUGUUGACUCAGUGAUAGUGAUUUGGCCACUAGGGUUCGCAUCGGCAGACCACGUGCUGCGUGUUUGCAAUCGAUUACAUCAGGAAUGGUUGUUGUUUCUCCCCCGCCAUCUCACUCGAGCGAACUGGGCUUGGCUGGCUUCCGUCUUGUUCCGCUGUCGAAGGCCUUAUCACUUUGGGGAGCUCAACGGUCAGACACAGACGACAGUGACGAGUCGCGGGUCCGCCCUUCCAAAGGGUGUGAUCCCGCGCUGUUGCUACGCGUGAUCAGUCUCUGCUGUAUGAUUUGAAUUCGAUUUUUGUAAUUAAUCACAGCUAAAAUGUGUAUAUUAUUUUAUUUCCUUAGUUUUCUGAGCUGAACUGCUCAUGCACGAUUAGUUCCACUAUUAUUUUUGCAUACAAAAUAACAUUUAUAAAUUGAGUUUUGUGUUUUCCCCCCUGUUAGAUAAAUCGUUCUCCACGCGCCAACCACAACCGAAAAAAAACAACGCGAAGGGAAAUGUAACGGACCUGCUUACCGUUACAAGCGUUAUUUGCCUACAAACUCAUCAAGCGGAGCAUAUUUCUUAAGCUUUUUGAAUUUUGUACCUUAUUUUCUCGAGACAGUUUGCUGUCUCGACUUGAUUCCUAUGUUCUCUGGAAGCUUCACGCAGUAUUUGUUUUGUUGCUAUUUUCUACUUUAAAAAUGGCUACAAUCGGGGUAUGAUCGGACAACGUUCUCCGUUUCUCCAGUUUGGUUUUGUGCUUUAUCACAUAUCAGAAGCAGAACAAUUGUCAAAAAGUGUUUCUUUUGUUUUGUGUGAAGGUAUGUCUGUGUGUACAGCAGCUGCCCGUGUACAGGAAUGAGUCGGCGAUGAAGGUCUGGCGUCUGGCGAUUAAGAUUCGUUUACUUCCCCGUCCAACCCUUCCAGAACGAGCUGACCGAAGCGAAGGCACUGGUCAUGAGGCUGGUCGCGGCCGCACCCGUCGGCUGCUGGAGAUGGUGGUAGUGCAGCCCGGUAUGGCCGAUCGUGGUGCGCCUCUGAUCCAGUGCCAUCAUCGGUGGGUACGGCGGUUCGGUCGUCACCGGCGAAAGGUUGCUCGGCACGGCUUCCCAUUCCUGGUGCAGCGUUGUUUCAUCUGAAAGCGAAUUGAAGUUAGUUUUUGGGGGCUUUUACUUUGCACACAAGUAAGCUUACCUUCGGAGUCGGAAUCCUCGCCGAUGUUUUGCAUCAGCAGCUGCUCCAUCGAGUCCGACAGGCAGCUGUUCCGAUCGGUCGGUCCGCAGUGGCCCAGCUCGGGCGACUUUAGCAGACAGAGCAGAUUCUCGAGCGUGUGGGUCGGGUUCAUGUCGUUCAAGCGACAGCCUUGUGUGUGGCACAGGAACACAAUGUCCGCGUUCAGGCGGGCCACUUUCCGCGCAAACUGUGCCUCGGACAGAGUGGUCGUGCAAAAGUCCGCGUACGACACGCGAUACGGUAACCGAACGUCCAGAUAGUAGCCAAGCAGCGCCACCAGCUGGCUGGUGUACGUUAGGGCCGCCGCGAUGGUGUGUGCCGGAUUGUGGCUGCCGACUUUUGCUGGCGAUGCGGACGCUUCCAUGGUGGAAGUGGCCGUCGAAGAAGCGCUAGCCACCGUACCACCACCACCAUCGCCACCGCCCGUUGCCCACUCGUUGUACACGGAGUAGUUGCCGGUGCCGGGCAGGGCAGGGGCAACGAUCACAUGCUGCACCUCGCCGAAGCUGUCCUGCAAAAUCCACUGCCCCCGGACGUACGCCGUACGGGUCGCUUCCGAGAUUUCGUUGAUCGUACUGCGGGUGUUGUUUGGUCCGCCACCACCACCACCACCACCGCAGGCAGAGCUUCCGCUGCUCGCCGUACUGCUGCUGCCCGCCAAGCUGCUCCGACUGGCGAUCGUUUGCGUGAUCGGGAAGAUGAUUCGCACGAGCUGCUGCACCUGGUCGCGCUUCCGCUGCCGCAAGCGCUCCUGCACCGCCGCCAGCCGCGCCUUCCGAUGCUCGCUCUCCUCCAGCUUGCCCGCCACAAACUCGCUGAGCGUCUUCACCUUAUCGUCGUACCGUGGCAGCGUGAUGCGCAGCUUGCGAAUGGCGUCACCGAGAUGGCGCUGCUUCAGCCGCAGCUCCUCGAUGGCGAUGCGCUUCAGCUCGAUCGUUUUGCGUAUGAUGUUCGCCUUGUCCGAGCGCUGCUUAAUCUCGCCCGCCAACCGGCCCGCCUGGUGCAGCUUUUCCAGCAUCAGCGAGCCCUUGCUUUCGAGGGUCGCGUUGGCCGUGCGGAGAUUCCGCAGCCGCUGCUGCUUCUCGCCGAACCGCUCCGGCAGCUGACAGUACACGGCGGUGUGCAGAAAGUCCCCAUGGCGGAUGCACGAUUUGCAGUGAAAGUGGCGACGGUGGGCACCGCACAGAGGGCAACGGAGCGUACCUUCUCCCCCCACGACGAUGCCCCCGAUCUGGAAGCUGGACGUGGAGAGGAGAUCGCCGUCCCGCACGACGUCCGUCGCUUCCUCAUCCACGUCGUCUCCGUCGUGCGAAUAGGUAAUGUGGAAGUUUUCCGGAGCACCGCCAGAGUCGGACGUCAUGCUGCUGGUGCAAACUGCCAUCGGGCGAUGAUGGCGCUGUCGUUGUUGUCGUCGUCGUCGAUCGUCGCGUCUAAUUGCGUCGUUCCGCGUGUCUCGUGUCUCGGGAGCACCAACGCAAACUGCGACUGCGAACGAUGAAAGCAGUCCGCUCUCUGCCGCAAAGCCUUGAGUUUGCACUUUCUUUCUUGCGCUUGAAUUAUAAUCUCCUCCCGUGGCCUGUGUCUGCUCCAAUCGGUGGCACCAUUUGUGCUGUUGCACUUUUCGGAAGUUUGGUCGCCAUCUCGGCCACGGACAGUAGCCGCGGUGUGAGCAGCCUUGCCGGUGCCGGUGAACCGCUCGAGCCGGUCGUCGUUGGGCGGCGUAAUAGCUUACCGCCGGCCUCCCCCAUCUUCAAGCCAAUUGUGCCGUCGAAGCUGAACGGACUGGGCGCCCGCCACGGACUGCACCAUCAAGCACCGACCAACGGCAACGGAAUGACGAACGAUCGGCCAGUUGAGCUGUCGAAGCGUACGACCGAAGCCAAGGAGUCGCUCAAGAAGGCACAGAUCGUGUGCUUCGACGUCGAUUCGACCAUCAUCACCGAGGAGGGCAUCGAUGAGCUUGCUCAAUUCUGCGGCAAGGGUAGCGAGGUGGCUGCACUCACCAAGGAAGCGAUGGGUGGUAGCAUGACCUUCCAGGAGGCGCUGAAGCGUCGCCUGGACAUUAUCAAACCGUCGCAGCGGCAAAUCCGCGAGUUUCUCAAGACGCACCCGUCGAUCAUUUCCGCGGGCGUGAAGGAACUGAUCGAGCAGCUGCGCAAGAAUAAUGCGGAAAUUUUCCUCAUCAGCGGCGGGUUCGACUGUCUGAUCGAGCCGGUGGCCGACGCGCUGGAGAUUCCGCUGUGCAAUCUGUACGCGAACCGGCUGUUCUUCAACUACAAUGGCAGCUACGCCGGGUUCGACACGACGCAGCCGACAUCGCGAUCGGGCGGCAAGGGCGAAGCGAUCAAGCAGAUCCGCAGCGUGAUGGCCGGUGGUGUCGGCACCGGAGCGGACAAGGUGGUCGCAAUGAUCGGGGACGGCAUGACGGACCUGGAGGCGUGUCCACCGGCGAACAUGUUCAUUGGUUAUGGUGGAAAUGCCGUUCGGGAAGAGGUCCAAAAACGAGCGACCUACUACGUGACCAACUUUGCCGACCUACUCUGGUGAUUGCUUUUCGAGUGGAAGAUCACCGCACCACCAUACCCACCCUACUUCCUUUGCUGAUGAAACCCCAUCGCAUUAUUUCAUUAUUAUUUCACUAGCUGUUAAUCACAUUGUUUUCCUCUUCUUUUUUUGCUACACCCACUCUUAUUGUAAAUAGUUAAUUAUUACACUUACAAAUUAUUAUAAAUUAUGUGCACCUUUUUAAGUUGAAUUAUUAUAGCGCGCUUUAAUUAUAGUAGUAGUAUUUUCUUGUUCGAAUAUAUGCAACAAAUAUACAAUGAAUUCAUGUAAAAGCAAAGUUA